CGGCUAUUUUAAGACGCGCUAACGGUCCAACUGGGACGGUCUGGCUUUCCACUCUGACCUCACCGGAGGGGUUUCGGGGAGAGAGGUCAGCGGGUCGCCACCUUCUGACAAAUGGAGUGAAUAGAAGCUGGACAGGAACAUCCUGCCCCGGAGAAGGGAGUCCCCCACGUGGACCCCAAAAAUAGACUCUGGAGAUCACGUCAGGGUGACAGUGACUGGCAGGUACAUUAGACACUUUCAACUGAAGGUGAUGGAAGCCAGAACCACAGGAAGGUCAUCGGUUCCAAUCCCACCUCAGCCAACCUUAUUCAGAGUGUGUUGCGGUCUUUUCUCCCAGACCUGCAGACGAGGAUUAUUUCCCCAGCGAGAGGCUGACGCCUCAUUUUAUGAGACACAAAGUGUCCUGGAUUAAACUUGACGCUUGGACAGCAGGACUGUUUGGACUGCAGUGGUUUCCUGUCUCACCUCUCCAGGACGAUGUGGCCAGGAUGAUAUGGAGUUUUGGGAAUAAGAGAGCAUAUUUAUCCUCAUGCUUAUCCACCAAUGGGGCUUGUGAAAGGCCGACCUGGGAGUGAUCCUGCAGCAGUGCUUCUGUCCUCCAGCGUCCCUCCUCCUGCUCUCGCUGGGUGUUCUCACCAACAUUUUCCAGCUCUGGUUGCCAUGGCAGCGGCAGCUAUAUAAGCUGCUUCCUCUCCGGCGUCCCGCUCACAGCAACACCACAGCUUCAGGAGUGAGGAGGGGGAUCUGACCCGCCACCAGACUGAACUCAGCGCGGAUCUGCUUGACUUGCUGCUGAGAUGUUGGGCUGCUGCCACAGAGCGCUGCUGGCCUUCUGCUUCACGCUGCAGGUGUUUGCUCAGGUGUGGUCCCAGAUGUGUCCUCAGAGGUGCCACUGCCCGAAAGAGCCCCCCGCCUGCGCCCCUGGUGUGCCCCUGCUCAUCGACGACUGCGUCUGCUGCCUGGUUUGUGCCCGUCAGAAAGGUCAGGUCUGCUCCGACCUGAACCCCUGCGACUCUCAGAGGGGCCUCAAGUGUGACUUCAGGGCGAGCGACAAGCGGUCCGGCGUCUGUGUCGCCAACUCAGCCGACGUCUGCGUGCUGGACGGCUCCGUGUACCAGAACGGACAGACCUUCUUCCCCAGCUGCAAGUACCAGUGCAUGUGCCGGGACGGGCAGGUGGCCUGCGUGCCGCGCUGCAGCUUCGACGUCAUGCUGCCCGGGCCAGACUGCCCCAUGCCCAGGAGGGUCCAGGUGCCCGGGGAGUGCUGCGAGAAGUGGGUCUGUGAGGCGCCGGCGGAGGCCAGCGCUCUCGGGGGCUUCGCCAUGGCUGCCUACCGCCAGGAGGAGACGGUGAGCUUCGACGGCUGGGACCCGAGUCUGAACUGCAUCGAGCAGACCACCGAGUGGGGCGCCUGCUCUCGCUCCUGCGGCAUGGGUCUGUCCACCAGGGUGACCAACAAGAACCGCCGCUGCGAGAUGGUCAAGCAGAGUCGCCUGUGCAUGAUCCGGCCCUGCGACGGGCAGGCGGAUGCUGUUGUGGUCCUGCAGAGGAGCGGCAGGUGCCAGAGGAUGGUGAGAAGCGAGCGAGCCGUCCACCUCUCCUACCGGAACUGCACCAGUGUGCUGGCCUACCGCCUGCGCUUCUGCGGCUCCUGCGCCGACGGCCGCUGCUGCACCCCCCACCGGACCAAGACCGCGCUGGUGGAGUUCACCUGCUCCGGCGGGAAGGUCAGCCGCCGGCCAGUCAUGGUGGUCCUGACCUGCGCCUGCCACAGCCACUGCCCUCGUGAGGACACGGCGUGGCAGCCGGCCGAGCUGGGCCACGCUGACAUGUAGGUCACGUGACCGUCCUCAUGAGUUGCAUCAACUCAAGUCCUUUCUCCGAGUCACGGAGAGGGAUUGACGAGUCUUUGAUUUGAGAUGAGGUUUUUCAACCGUGAAUCCUUCCAGUGGAGUGGAGAGUAGCAGGGUCAUGUGACACGUCUUGUCAGGUCGUGACCUGGACUCGUGUUCUUAAAUAGUCAAGUGUGAAUCUUUAAACUCACCGUGAAGCCAAGUCCACUCGGCCGCCCUCCAACCUUCUUGGUCGACUCGUGUCACAUUAUUCCGCUGUGUCUGUGCAAGUCAAGUCGGAGACUAACCUGGACCACGAGUUAGCGCUUCACCCACCGAUGUUACCUGAAGUCGCAGGUGUGUCGCACCUAUGUCACCAACAACGCUGUUCAAACAGCUGCUCUUCAAAGUUUCUCCCCGACGACCUGCACUUGUUGCUAGGCAACACGAGCAAACGCCCCUCCGCAAACACGCCGACGACGUCCAACUUUACGAGACGCACAUUCGAAAGAGACCUGGCUGUGGAAAGUUUUCAAGUGAGGGGGACAUUUCUGAAAUAACUAGGUCGUGACCUCUGACCUUUCCAGCCAUCAAAGGCGCCAUAGGACUCCGCUUCUGCUUGGCAUUAUUAUUUUUUUUAUUCUAAACCGUGUUGCUUCUUUUUUUGACCAAAGGUGUAUGUGAUGCACAUCUGUGAUGACCUGGACUGUAGC